UUGUAAGAAAGUGUCGAUUGCCGAGUCAUGGAUUACUUCGCUACAUGCAUGGCGCAAGAAGAAUAAGGACAAUUUACAAGUUGAUACAACAAGAUGAGCAUUAUUGUUAUUUUUGGCGGCAUCGACUUCUAAUAUCUCUUCGCGUAAAACGGUUUAUUUGUUGGGUGCUGCAAUUCACUAAAUCGCUUUCCAGCACCAGUUUGUCCUGAGAAGCUCCCAGCCACCAUGGUGGCAGUGCAAAGCUACUGUGAGGCCAGCGCUUCCAUCUCCGAAGCCUGGCUGGAGGGCGGCAUCUCACCCUGCUUCUACUUCACCCUGGUGCCCACCGUCCUGCUUACCCUCUCCUUCUUCUUCGGCACCUUCCACUGCGUCUGCUACCGCCGCUACGGCACCGAGAUGGAGCCCAAGUUCAUACCGCGCUCGCGCCUCUAUGGCCUCCAACUGGCAGUCUCCCUGCUCCUCCUGCUGCAGUUCCUGGGGGGGCUGGUGUGGAGGGCGACUGGUGGAGGCGGGGUAGGGGAACUCCCUGGCUACGUGGUGCUGUACGGCUGCCUGUCCAUGCUGGGCUGGGUCUGGGCCGUGGCCCUGCUAAGGCUGGAGAGGAGGAGGGUUCUGGUGAGGGACCGGACGCGGGGCCACAGCACGGUGCUGCUGCUCUUCUGGGCUGUGGCAUUCUCGGCGGAGAACCUGGCCUUCGUCUCCUGGGCAAGCCCUUACUGGUGGUGGGGCCUGGAGAACACACAGCAGCAAGUGGAAUUUUCUCUUUGGUUGAUGCGCUACGUCGGCACGGGAACACUCUUCUUCCUGGGCCUGAAGGCUCCGGGAUUACCACGGAGACCGUACAUGCUCCUGAUCAACGAGGACGAACGUGACGUGGAGGGCAGCACUGGCCAGCCUCUGUUGGAUGGGGCAGAGGAAUCCCUGUCUACCUGGCAGGACUUUGGGCAGAAGGUGCGUCUGCUGGUGCCCUACAUGUGGCCCAAAGGCAGCAUGCUGUUACAGGGCCUGGUGCUCCUCUGCCUGUGCCUGCUGGGUCUGGAGAGGGUCAUCAAUGUCUUUGUGCCCAUCUACUACAAGAACAUCGUGAAUGAGCUGACUGAUGGAAGCAGCUGGACGACCUUGGCCACCACUGUGUGUGUCUACGUCUUGCUGAAGUUCCUGCAAGGUGGAGGGGCAGGUGCGUCCGGCUUCGUCAGUAACCUGCGCUCCUUCCUGUGGAUCCGCGUGCAGCAGUACACCAACCGGGUGGUGCAGGUGCGUCUGUUCGGCCACCUGCACUCAUUGUCGCUGCGCUGGCACCUGGGCCGGCGCACCGGGGACGUCCUGCGUAGCAUCGACCGCGGCACCUCCUCCAUCAAUAGCCUGCUCAGCUACAUCGUAUUCAGCAUCUUCCCCACCAUCGCAGAUAUCGUUAUCUCCAUCAUCUACUUCAUCACCUACUUCAACGCCUGGUUCGGACUCAUCGUAUUCGUCUGCAUGUUCCUCUAUCUCACCCUUACCAUCAUCAUCACGGAAUGGAGGACCAAGUACAGGCGAGACAUGAACACCCAGGACAACAACACCAAGUCCAAGGCGGUGGACUCCCUGCUCAACUUUGAGACGGUGAAGUACUACAACGCAGAGAAUUACGAGGUGAACCGUUUUGAGGACGCCAUCCUGAAGUAUCAGAUCUCAGAAUGGAAGACACAAGCCUCUCUAGCCUUCCUGAACCAGACCCAGAACCUGAUCAUCGGCUCAGGCCUACUGGCCGGGUCACUGCUCUGUGCCUACUUUGUCCAGGACGGCAAGUUUAAGGUUGGAGACUUUGUCCUCUUUGGCACCUACAUCAUCCAGCUCUACACCCCUCUCAACUGGUUUGGAACCUACUACAGAAUGAUCCAGAACUCCUUUAUCGACAUGGAGAGCAUGUUUAAGCUCUUCACAGAGGAAGAGGAGGUGAAGGAUGUGGUGAAUGCAGGGAACCUUCUUUAUAAACUGGGAAAAGUGGAGUUUGAGAAUGUGUACUUUAAUUACAUUGAUGGGAAGGAGAUCCUUAAGAACGUAUCAUUCACUGUGCAGCCAGGCCAGACUGUUGCAUUGGUUGGCCCGUCAGGGUGUGGUAAGAGCACCAUCCUUCGCCUGCUCUUCCGUUUCUAUGACGUCCAGGGGGGAUGCAUCAGCAUCGAUGGCCAGGACAUCUCUAAGGUUAAGCAGGUGUCUCUGCGUGCCCACAUCGGUGUGGUGCCCCAGGACACGGUCCUCUUCAACGACAACAUCCGUGACAACAUCCGCUACGGGCGCGUCUCCGCCAGCGACCACGAAGUGGAGGAGGCGGCUAUCGCCGCAGACAUUCAUGAGAAGAUCCAGACGUUCCCAGAAGGAUAUGACACCCAGGUGGGCGAGAGGGGUCUGAAGCUGAGUGGGGGGGAGAAGCAGAGGGUGGCUAUCGCCCGGACAAUCCUCAAGGCCCCUCACAUCAUCCUGCUGGAUGAGGCCACAUCUGCUCUAGACACACAGACGGAGCGCAACAUUCAGGCGUCGCUCACCAAAGUGUGCUCCAAUCGGACCACCAUCGUCGUGGCUCACAGGUUGUCAACCAUCAUCAGCGCCGACCAGAUUCUUGUUCUAAGUGACGGUCAGAUUGCAGAGCGAGGACGGCAUGAUGAGCUGCUGGCUAAGGGAGGGUUGUACUGUGACAUGUGGAUGAAUCAGCAACAGGCCCAGGACUCGGACUCAGCCUCUGACACAGAAGCCAAAGACAGAAAGUCUGAGAAACUACAGCCCCCAUCAGCCACUGCAGGCCACAGGAGCCACUGAGGAUAGAGUGAGAGGUCAAGGAUAUGUAGAUAUUGUGAGGAGGUGGACGAGGGAUGCAGGGAGAGGAUUAGAUGCCUCAAAAGGCUGUUUUUUCUGCACUUUUUUAGGGUAUCCGUCCAUUGAGGUUCAUUCUGUUAUGAGUGAUGUUUUAAGCACAUAUUUAUUGGGUAUUUUAUGUUUGAUCAUUCAGUCAAAAUGUUUGUGCCAUGAAUGCCUCAGGCCAGUUGUUUUUAAGUGUAUUCUGGAUCGUGUUCAUUAGGGCAACUAACAGAAAAUGUUUUAAAACACCGGAACAAAGUUCCUCGCUGUUAUCGCAUUGACAGACACUACGAUACCAGUUAUGUUACAUGCGUCUGUCCACGAGAGAUUAGUGCCUAAUUAACACGACCCAGGACUCAGUAUAAUCCAUCCUCUUGCUGUCUGAAGUUGAUUGACUGCAGCCGGCCAGAGAAAUGGCAGGAAGUCCAAAGUAGACGAAUACCUACCCUUUAGCGCAGGUAUAGGCAGUUAGGCACAGUGUCUCACAACACCUUGAAUUGUUGACUAAUGUUUAGGGGUUGAGAAAUUUGUUUUAUUUACAACAUCUAGAGAUGGUCUUAUUGAACAGGUUCAUUGUCAAUUAUUUUUUUGUUUUUACUAUACCCACUUUAACCUUAUUUUGUUAUCUACUAUACAAGCAAUAUACUUACAUUAUACUUUAUAGACUUAAUGAAAAGAUUCAGACCGAUUUUGAAUGUUUAACAAAGAAAUCAAUUGUACUCUUAAUUGUUACAAAGUACAAAGGUAUGUGUACGAGAACUUCAACUUGAAAAUACACAUUUGGUUAUUAGUAAAACAGAUAUUUAGUCUGUAUUUGGUCCGUUUCACAUCCAAGCUGCAUCAAUUUUACUCCAAUCAGACUCUGGCAUUAUCAUGUACAGUCUAGGUGUUGACUGAUACAUGCAAAAUUAUCCUGGCUGUAACUUUUAUUUGUCACCAAUGGUGAUCAAUAAGAACUACUGGC